CCUCCUCCUCCUCCUCCUCCUCCGCCACCUCCUCCUCCUCCUCCAUCGCACCAAGGACGCAGACAUUCCUGUCUCUCUCACUCGCGCUCUCGUCGCAGGGGCUCGAAUCUCUGAAUCUCCCGCAGCCUUCAUGAAAUAGCCUGAAAAGUCGUAUAGCAGGAUAAAAACAAAACAACAAACAAACACACACAAAGCCGAGAAGAUGAUUUCUCCGUGGGACCGCUGGUACUCGACGAGCUGCUGCCUGUGCUGCCACGUCCGGACGGGCACCAUCAUCCUGGGAAUAUGGUACAUGCUCAUCAAUGCAGUGGUGCUACUCAUCCUGUUGUCGGCUCUCAACGACCCAAUUCAGUACCGCUACCACCUUACCAGCUCUGAACUGGGAACUGACAUCGAUGUCAUGGACGAUGCAAAUAUCUGCAUCGCUACUGCAAUAUCCCUACUCAUGAUUCUUAUAUGUGGCAUGGCAACGUACGGUGCUUACAAGCAACAUGCUGCUUGGAUCAUUCCAUUCUUCUGCUACCAAAUCUUCGACUUUGCCCUUAACACACUGGUAGCCAUCAGCGUGGUGGUAUAUCCCAACACAGUGCAGGACUACCUCCAGCAGCUGCCGGGGACAUUCCCUUACAAAGAGGACAUCAUGUCCACCAACAACAUGUGCCUAGUCUUUGCAGUCCUCGUCUUCAUUGGCUGCAUCCUCUCCUUCAAGGCCUACCUGAUUGGCUGUGUGUGGAACUGCUACAGAUAUGUGAGCGGCAGGGGCAGCACGGAGGUCCUGGUCUACGUCACCACGAACGACACCACGGUUCUGCUGCCACCGUACGAGGAGGCCAUCGCCCUCCCGCCCAAGGAGCCUCCUCCCCAGUAUAUGGAGGCGUGAGGGAAGUCCUCGCCGCUGGACCCCUCACCCCCACAGCCCCUCCCUACCCCCAUCACACCUCUCUCCGACAGUAGGACCCUGGAACAUGUUGAACAACCAAGGAGAAACAAUGUCUUAG